AUGUUGGUGAAAGUGUUGGUCGAGGACGCAGGGUUGCGUGACCUGCUGGCCCUGCUGCAGAAGUGCGAUGUCCACGUACGCAUCUUGAACCUGAAUGGCAAUCGCCUCACAGAGGUCUUGAUGGAGCACAACAGGGUCCAGGCGGAUAAAGCCGCGGACUUCGGUAGCAUUGUGUUCCGCGCUGGCAACAUGAUCGAGCGCCCGAUGCAAGUGACACAGCUGGUGAAAGAAGCUUUUGACAACCGGUUCCCCUCUACAUUCGAGGAGCGACAGUUCUGGGAGGUCAAGCAGCAAUGCCCGCCCCUGCAGCUGCCAAGAACUGAGAGGUGUGUGAUGCGGUCAAAGAGGAACAGGUUUAACAGGAUGCUUUUGGAUCUGUGCUAG